AUGUUCCCUGCUCUGGAGCCGCGUGGAUCUGUCAAACAUACCGGAGAAGUUGGCGCAGCUACUGUCGAGUUCGCCGUCAAGCUCUGUACCGAGAACUUGCUGCGAGUUACGGAGCUCAGCCUCGUUGCAACACAAGUCCAGCUCGUGCCCUAG